CUUCAGUUGUGAGUUUGUAGGCAGGGUCGCGGUCAGACUGUUUGCAAGUCUGAUCAGACUUGCUGUGUAAUGGCUACAACAACUUACAUCGCAUCAAGUGCAGUGUGUUCUGAUCCAGUCAGUGUGCCAGACUGUCUCACCAUGAACAUAGUGAACACUCAAGGGUACGGGCGUGAGGCCCACGAAAUGAAGUACAUGCCCCAGCACCAGGCGCCCAUGGCCCACAACCCGUGGGUGGGUCUCCCUCCGUCAGACCCAAGUCACUGGGCCAUGCACCCUCACCCGGGCCUCCAUCAGGAUAUCAAGCCUCAACCUUCAGAAGUGGCCAUCCACCACCGUCCACCCCAUCACAUGACCCACGGCUGGCAGACUCCUGUCUCCUCGCCCUACAGUAGCCUGGCGGCGGGUAACGGCGGGUCUCCGUUGGGUCACCAUGCCGCCGCCUACGCCUCCAUGAACGGCAUGCUGCCCCAUCAGAUGCACCCUGGGCACCUGAGGGACAUGCACUGCGAAUCCCCCGUCACGCCAGAUCACCACGUCCACCACGAAGUCGAGGAGGAGACCCCAACCAGCGACGACUUGGAACAGUUCGCCAAGUCGUUCAAACAGAGGCGUAUCAAGCUGGGGUUCACACAGGCGGAUGUGGGGCUGGCCUUGGGCACGCUCUACGGCAACGUCUUCUCCCAGACCACCAUCUGUAGGUUCGAAGCUUUACAAUUAUCCUUCAAGAACAUGUGCAAGCUGAAGCCCCUCCUGAUGAAGUGGCUGGAGGAGGCAGAUUCCACCACGGGCAGCCCAACGUCCAUCGACAAGAUCGCCGCCCAAGGAAGGAAGCGCAAAAAGCGGACCUCCAUAGAAGUGUCGGUGAAAGGAGCCCUGGAACAACAUUUUCACAAACAGCCCAAACCCUCAGCACAGGAAAUAACACAACUGGCAGACAGCCUGCAGCUGGAGAAGGAAGUGGUGCGAGUGUGGUUCUGCAACAGACGACAGAAGGAGAAGCGAAUGACACCUCCAAUACUCGGCCAGGGGCCUGACGGCCAAGGUGUCAACGGUACCCCACCCGGCCCAGGACAACAGAUCACGCCCACGCCAGACUACGGACAGCCCAGGUCAGUAGAGCUUCCCAGGGAACUAAAAUACCCGGGCUACACUCACCAGACGAUGCACGGCUCCCCUACCCACCUCCCGCCGCAGCACUCGCCGCCCGGACCUCUACUCUCACCACAAAUGCCACCUCAUAGCGUGGCGCCUUCGCAUGCGGUUUCCCACUGAUGGUCGCUAAACCUGUGGCAGGAGCCAGCGUACUGACCAGCAAUCAGUGGGAGCCGCGAGUGCUCCCCCAGGACUCCACCUACCGCCCCUCGCCAUACCCCCAGCCAAUAUUACCUGGGUUAAUGGAGGGGUCGUGGCGCCGGCGUUCAUUGAACGUUGACGCCGCUCCUGCCGGCAGUAGGAGAGUCCUUAAGCACCUCUAGUCCCCGGGCCGGCCAGCCUGGCCCUUCUUCGGGAGGAGGGCGGCCCCCGAGCGGCCAGAUCGUAACACGAAGCCAGAUAUAUUUACCAGGGAGAAACCUGGUGUGUCCAUACGUGUGAAAACUCCUUCAGUGAUAAACCUAUUUUCUAUAGACUAACCUCGAGCUGUGCUGAGGAAGUGUAUAAACAUGAACUUGUAGCAGAUCCAUCAUUCCAUACUUCGCCAGACAUUCCAUAAGUUAAUGUGACUGACUCCUCGGAGCGCAGAGUCGCAGAUUGUUGCUACGAUUCCUCAGUGAGACGAUAAGUAGUAGUGUAAAGACUGAGCUUCAUAUUACGUGUGAACAUUAUGUAGCGGUUACCUCGGAGUUUUUUGUGCGCGUGUUUGAAACAUUCCAGUGGUGGUGAGUGGCGGGUGGCAGCUGCUGCGGGCGGGCUGCUGGGCGGCCGCCGCCCGACACCUGGCCCCUGUGGGCGGCCAGUGGGCGGCCCCCACACCGCCCACCCACACGCUUGACUCAUUCUUAUCACGAAAUUUAAAAAGAUUGUUUGGCGGUGCUGGCGGGUCCGGAAUGUUGUGGGUCCGUCCGUGGUGACAAGGGGCCCCCGCCACCACCCCGCUACACGCACCGCUGCGCCUCCCAGCCCACCCUCGCCGCUCCUCACACGCCCGACCAGCUAUUUCUAUGUGGCAAGUAGAAAUUAUCUCUUGGGAACUAUUUCUGUGAGUGGUGAGGGCAAGUGGCGACCAUCUGGUGAGUGUUGUGUGGCCGCCCCCGUGUCCGCCGCCCCGCCACCCUGUACAUAGUCACCCGUGUAAAUACUGGAGAAUCCGUGACGGUGUCCGCUAGCCAGCGCGCCGCACUUGUGAUAUGUCUCAAGAGCUGAUUUUAUAAUAAUUUCAUUGUAAUAUAUGUAUCAUUCAUACUUAGAUUAACCCCCUACCCCCCCUGAGUAUAUUUAGUUUGUGUUGACUGUCCCCCGCUGUUGCUAAUACGUCGGAGCGGUCGAGGUGCGGUGGUGGUGUAGUGGUGUAAAUAUUGCCUCCGUCGCCGCUCCCUGCCAUCCUUGCCAUCGCUGCCGCUGCCAUCCUUGCCGCCGCCUGCCGCCACAGUCGCGCCCCUCACCCACCCAUGGCGUUGGCGGCUCACUGGCGACCCACUGCAACUUCUCAACCUUCGACUAAACCGGAUUCCGCCGCGUCUGGAGCACCUCCUUGGAUCCGGAUAAGCUAAUCCACCUUUGAGGCCCGCCGCCACCACCACCUGUGGUACCCGCGGGAAACCCGACGCCAGCUGGAGUGUCCUGGCGUGCGGGCCAGCUGUGAGGUGAGCUGCCUUCCCAUGCAACACCAGCGACCCACCACUGCCCACCGCUCCUCUGCUACCCCCCUUCAGUCUCCCACCACUGACCCGUCGACACCAUCUACUUCAUCCGGGAGUGUGUUAUGCUGCUCCUGCAGUUGCCUGCAGGUUGAUCCUACCUCGUCGAGGGAUUAUUUCGGGUCCUGCAGGAACCAUCUCUGGGGGUCCAUCCCGGUGAUCAGCGGAGGAGUGGAGUGGGUUGGGAGCGCUAUUCAUCCUCAACUCCUCAACGUCCAGCGGCUGCCCACCGCGUCAACAACAGUGGGUCUGGUGGGUGAUGGUGCUGGCUGAAUAGUGGGUCGGUGGCGGGUAUGGAUGGUCGCCCCACUGGCGGUUACAGUGGUGGUGGGUGAGGAUGGCCGCCACCACUGUGGGGUAACCACAGUGGUGUGUGGGUAGCCACAGUGGUGGUGGGUGACACAGGCGCCCCCUGCUCAACCCCGCACCCUGUCUCUGUUUGUUAUUAAUGUUCUGAAUGUCUGUAAGAGGCUCUAGUAAAGUAGCUGGACUCGUGAUCCUGACCUCACAUCACGACUACACGCCGCUAUUACUGUUGUAACUACCAUUACCACUACUAUCGUGUAGCCCCUCACGGGUAUAUAUUAAAAAAAAGAGUUAUCAGGACUUAUAAUAGUGCUAUAAUGAUUUCAUUCAUUAACGAAAACGUCUUGAUAGGAGCAGAAAAUAAAUCUUUUUACACAUGUGAACUUUCUUUGUGUGUUAAAGUACAAAGGAUCACGUCAAAGAGGAAUUGAAUAUCCACGUAAGAAUUACUUGGAAAUCUGUAGUCAAGAGAUGUACAUAACCUUGUAUUAAACUUAUUAUGAAUAAUAAAAGAAAGAUUUGUCUAAA